GGCCUUUGCGUCGUCGACUUCGACUUUUUCCACCAGAAAUGCCACUUCGUUUUUCCGUAGAUCUACGUCUCCCACUCGCGUCAAUCUUCAAGGUUCUUCUUCUCCGUCGGCGUCGUCUGUGCGGUUUUCACUCGAUCGAUCCAUUUCUCCGAAUCGGCCUCUCUCCGUUUUGACUCGUAGCAGUGGGAGUCAAGUAGUGAAGAGGCAGGGCAACCAGAAGAGGACCUGCAUGUGCUCUCCGACCACGCAUCCUGGUUCGUUCCGGUGUAGUCUCCACAAAGGCCAUCCGUCGCAGCCUUCGACUCCUUACUCAUCUAAUCGCCUCAACGCUCGGAGAUCGGCGAUGACGAACUCUCUGGUCAGAAUCGGAGGAGUUGAAGGCGAUUUGGUGAAGCGGGCCUUGGCGUCUCUCAUCCGGCCUUCGUCUCACAGUCAAAGGCGCCGAGCGGAUUUCCGUCCGAGGCAAAGCAGGCUUUCAAUCAUGUCGAAAGCGGAGGAUCUGUGAUGGAGAUUUUGGUACGUUGGCCAAUAUUCUCUGGUUUAUUAAUCUUUUUACCUCUUCUCUGAGUUUUCGACGACGAAGACGGCGGAUUCCGACCACAGGUUCGACGCUAUUGACGAACCUUAGCGUAAGGACACGGAAAUGGAGACGAAGCAUGGGAAAUCGGAUCUGGUUGCCUCUCCAGUGUACCUCGCUGCCCGGUGUUCAUUAGAGAACCUAUAUAACUUUGUGUACAUACAGAAUAUAUAUAUAUAUGGAAGAUAUAUACAGUUGCCACGGGAUUGAUAACAAUUCGUGGAGCUUCUGAGCCCUAAUUUUUCAACAAUUUCAAAAAUAACCUUAAUUCACUCCUUAA